AACCAUGGCGGAUGACAUCAAGCAGUUGGCUGAUGGAGCUUCAGAAGAGGACAAUAAAUGUCUUGUCGAAACUGUGGAGGAUCUCAGGCGGAGCAAUGCUGCUCUCCGGGUGGAGACGGAGAUGUUCGAGCGCUUCAUCAGACGGCAGGGGACCAAGGACGACGGCGCUCUCCUUGACGGCCCAGGAGGGCUUUUCCAGGAAAUGGGAAUGUGUCAAAGCAGGAAGGCCAGGUUGGCUCAGGAGAAGCAUCGCCUCACUAUGGAGCAGAAGUGUGAUGUGUCAGAGCGAGAGUAUGACACAAUGUGGGACGAACUGCAGCACCUCAAGGAAAGCUCAGAGAGGCAGAUGCACCUCCAUCAGGCAACACUGGAGGAAGCGGAGGUUAGGCUGAGCGAGGUGAAGAAGGCCAGCUUUGAGUUUGACCGCGACGUCGCCAAGGUGAUUCGAGAGAAGAAGGGCGGCAUGAUGGACGCAGAGAAGGUCAUCCGUUACAUUGAGGACAGAAUAAAGGCCAAGGAGGCCCUGGUGGAGAAGCUGCGGCUGAAGAACGGCGCGCUGCGGGUGCAGAAGCGCAAGCUGGACCUGCAGCUGAAGCAGAAGGGCGAGGUGGGGGAGGUGCGCCACCACGUGGACUUCCAGCAGCUCAAGAUCAAGAACACCCAGUACCUGCAGCAGAUCGACAUCCUCAACCAGGACCUGCUCCGACUCAAACUGCUGGCUGGGAGCACCCAGCAGAUCCUGCACUCGCACAAGAAUAAGCUGCAGCAGCUGAUCAACGAGUCAAAGUUGCUGAGCAACGAAAUCGCCUCACGGGACGACGUGGUGGCCAAGAUGGAGCAUGAGACCCGGCAGGCCGAGCGUGAGUGCAGGGAGGCGGAGACGGUGAACGGGCAGCUCAGGAGGCAGCUGGAGAGCUUCAGCGUGCCGCCACUGCUGGACUACAUCAAGGCCAAGAGUGUCCAUGGCGAGCUGGAGCAGACUGUGCGGUCCUGGGAGCGCAAGGUGGUCAUCGCCGAGAUGGCACUGAGGAACAACACAAAGAUGCUGGAAAAGCUUCAGCUUCAGGUGCCUGAGCAGCAGACCUGACCCUGUAACUCCACCUUACUACACCCAAACCUGACCCUGCAACUCCACCUUACUACACCCAAACCUGACCCUGCAACUCCACCUUACUACACCCAAACCUGACCCUGAAACUCCACCUUACUACACCCAAACCUGACCCUGCAACUCCACCUUACUACACCCAAACCUGACCCUGCAACUCCACCUUACUACACCCAAACCUGACCCUGAAACUCCACCUUACUACACCAAAUCUGACCCUGCAACUCCAUCUUACUACACCUAAACCUGACCCUGAAACUUCAUCAUACUACACCUAAACCUGACCCUGUAACUCCACCUUACUACGCCAAAACCUGACCCUGCAAUUCAACCUUACUACACACAAACCUGACCCUGAAAUUCCACCUUACCACACACAAACAUGACCCUGGAACUCCACCUUGCUACACCUAAACCUGACCCUAAAAUUCCACCUUACUACACCCAAACCUGACCCUGCAACUCCACCUUACUACACUCAAACCUGACCCUGUAACUCCACCUUACUACCCACUGACCAACACCUUACUACCCAAACCAAUAAGCUACCACCACACUGGUUGUUGAUUGUAUCCUACUGCAGAUGAAAAAGUACAGUACCGUGAAAAAGUGAAUGUAAUAUUGGUAAAUGGGAACCUGAGUAAACACAAAACAGAUUUUUUACAUUACUACUUAAUUUAUUUUGUGAAAAAGCUUCUCGAACACCCAAUUCACCCGUGAAAAAGUAAUUUCCCCUGUAAUCUUAAAAACUGGUUGCACCACUUUUAGCAGCAAUACCUGCUAUCGAACACUUCCUGUAAUUUCAUAUUAGUCUUUCAUAUUACUGUGCAGUUAGCAUAACUGUUUUAAUUCGGACAAAUUCAUAGGUUUGGUAUGCCGUAAGGGACUUUCGAGAGAUCAAAGUCUAGAAAGGGUACAAAGCCCUUUCUAAGGCUCUGGGACACAGUAUGAGCCAUUCUCUCAAUGGAGAACAAUUGGAACAGUCGUGUAUAUUCCCAGGAGUGGCUGGCCUGCCAAAAUUCCUCAAAGGGCACAGUGACAACUAAUCCAGGAAGUCACACAUUAUCCCAGAAGAGCAUCCAGAGACCCCUAGCCUCAGCUAUAUCUGUGUUCAUGACUCUACAAUAAGAAAGAGACCGGGCAAAAAAGGGGAGUCAUGAGAGAGUGGCAAGGUGGAAACCACCGCUAACCAAGAGAAACAUCAGUGGUCAUCUCACAUUGCAAAAAAGCACCCGGAUGAUCCCCAAGCCUUUUGGGAUAAAGUUGUAUUGUUUCAUCCCAAUGUAUGUGUGCAUGUGUUUAUUCUUUUGCAAUACACUGAAUACAUUUGGAAUUGAGAGAAAAAGAUGAGCACAAGACAAGAGUUCAGAAUUUCUGAUAUUUUAUGGUAUUUACAUCUAGAUGUGUUAAGCUACACAGAACAUAGCACAUUUGCUAUCAGACCACCCAAUUUCUAGGUGAGCAAAAGUAUUGGAACAGAGAGUAUUUAAAGGAGCACUGUUACACGUGUUUCAGUUUAGUUUAUUUGGAUUCAAUUUUGUGUGUAGGCAUUUUUAAAAUCACUGUCAGUGCAGCCUUUUCCUAAAUAUGGAAAUGAUGUCACUGGAUGUGUUUGCUCUUAAACAUUUUGCCCCAUAUUUAGGAAACUCAGUGCUUGAACUCAAACUAGGAAUCUUUAGUGACAGUGCUCCUUUAAAUAAAUGAAAGUAAAUAACGUAAUAUUUGGUAGCAUAUCCCUUGCUUGCAAUAACUACAUCAAACCUGCAUUGGGUUAAGGUCUGGUGAUUGACUUGGCCAGUCAAAAACCUUCCACUUUUCCUCCCUAAUGAAGUCCUUUGUUGUGUUGGCAGUGUGUUUUGGGUCAUUGUCUUGCUGCAUGAUGAAGUUCCUCCCAAUUAGUUUGGAUGCAUUUCUGCGUAAGUUGGCAGACAGAAUGUUUUUGUAGACUCUGAAUUCAUCCUGCUGAAUUCAUGAGUUACAUCAUCACUAAAGCUUAGUGAGGCCAACUCCAGAAGCAGCCAUGCAAGCCCAAGCCAUGACACCGUGCUUCACAGAUGAGCUUGUAUGUUUUGGAUCAUGACCAGAGCCCUUCUUUCUCCACAUUUUGGCCUUUCCAUCACUUUGGUAGAGGUUAAUCAUGGACUCAUCAGUCCAUAAUCUCUGUACUCAUCUCUGUACUUUGCAAAUUGUAAUCUCGCCUUCCGAUUCUGACUACAGAUGAGUGGUUUGCAUCUUGUGGUAUAGCCUCUUUAUUGCUGCUAAGUCUCCUUUGAACGACUGAUUGAGAUACCAUCACCCCUGCCCUGUGAAGAUUUUUUGUGAUAUCACUGAUAUUUUGAGGUAUUUCUUCACAGCUCUCACAAUGCUUCUGUCAUCAACUGCAGUUGUGUUCCUUGGUCGACCUGUUCUAUGUCUUUUGCUCAGUACACCAGUCAAAACCCAAGGCUAAAAUCAAGAGUAGACAUUCAGAAUUAUUUAUUGUUUAAGCAAUCAAUCUAACAGGACACAUCUGGGCAACAAAAAACAACUCAGUUACAUGUUUCAAUACUUUUGCUCACCUAAAAAUUGGGUGGUCUCAUAAACAACUUAGAAAAGGGUGAUGUGUUCUAAUAAAUCUCAAUAAAAAUACCAGGAUUAAAAUUCAGAUCUGUCAUCUCAUGUACAUCUUUUGACCUCAAACUCAAUUGUCUUCAGUGUACUGCAAAAACAAAGGAAUUGACCUGGAGGUUUCAGUACUUCUGGAGGGGACUGCAUACGUCAGUCUGCAUGUGUACAUGUGGAUCAUGGUUGGGGUCAAUUAAAAUUUCAGUUCAGUCCAUUGACAAAUUCACUUUUGAAAUCACAAUAGGCAUUAACGUGGUUUUAAUUUUGUGAAUUGACCAGAUCGAAAGUGGAAUUGACCCAGCCUUGAUUUGUGUGGCCAAGCAUAAGUAUGUCUUCAGAUUCUGCAGGGGAAGUGUUGUUUUAUAUAAACUUUGCUUCCUGUG